CAACCGUUUCGCAGCCUCAUAACAAACCUCCCGCGUUCUAAAUCAAACCGGCAGACCUGAUUCGUGAUAACCUACCGAAUACUACAAUACGUCGUGAACCCUGAUCAAAUCAAUCAAUCAAUUAGUAGAACAUCUAGUCCGCGCGGAUAUCUUGGGUACAAUGGGUCUUGCGUAUAACACGUAUCUUAAUAGCAACAAGAUCUACGGAUGCAAGAACUGUAAAGCACAUCUUGCCAACCAUGAGGAGAUCAUCAGUCGAAACUUCCGUGGUCAGCAUGGUAAGGCCUAUCUGUUCAACACGGUCGUCAACAUCGACGCGGGGGAGCCGUCCGAGCGCAGCAUGACCACCGGCCGCCACAUCGUCCGGGACAUCACCUGUAAGCAGUGCAAGGAGACCGUGGGCUGGAAGUACGACCGCGCCUACGAGUCGAGCGAGAAGUAUAAGGAGGGCAAGUUCAUCCUCGAGGCCGAGCUGCUGUGUAAUGUGAGCUAGACGGCUCGUCGAUCGACCGACCUACCCGAACAGAACAGAACAGAACAAUAGAACGGUUGUCUACGUGGAAUAGUAGACAGUUGUUGGUGCUGAAGAUGCGGAUGGACGGGUGGAUGAGAAUUUGAUUUGAUUUGAUUUAUGAGCCAUGAAUUUAGCUUU